AUGAACGACUCAAAUGCAACUGCAAAUUUUUCAGCUGAAGAAUGUGGAAUGGUAAGUAUUUUAUUUCUGGAAAAAAAAUUUUGAAGGGAAAAACUUAUUGCAGAAAAGUGAUUACAUCAAAAGUAAUUUUUGAUGGUUAUAGAAAUUCUGAAUAUUGAUUCAGAUUCUUUGUACUGUAUUCAAAAAAUUCCUUUAAAAAAACAUUUUCCAGGCUGAAGAAUACACAUUGACACGCUUUGCAUUGAUUUCAAUCGCAUCUAUAAUAUCAUGUCUAGGAGUUGCUGGAAACACAGUCUUAAUCAUAAUUUUCUCGAAAAAACAACAAAACUCAAACACACCAGCAACUUUAUAUCCAUCAGUUCUUGCAUGUCUCGAUUUCGCAAUUUGCACAGAAUAUAUACUUUUAUUUGGUGUCGAUGCAAUUUUCAGUUAUCUCGAAAUCGACAGUCUCUUCAUCAUUUAUUAUAUUUACAUUAUUCCUGUUUAUAUAUUAGCCAGAAUCACACAACUCGCAAUUCCUUAUAUGUUGAUUUUUGCCACGCUUGAACGAUUAUUUUGGACAUCCAAAAACAAGUUGGUUUUUGUGUUUUAAGAUAACUCAAUAAUGUUUUUUUUCUUCCAGGAGUCCAAUACUCAAAGCUUUUCAUUCAACAACUGGUCGACAUAUUACUGUAGUUCUUGCUUUGCUUAUGUGUAUGAUUGUUCGAAUUCCAACUGCAUUUUCUGUUGAAGUCAAGGAAUUCGAAGAUUGCACAUAUUUCUUUCAUUCAAAAAGCACUGGACCACAAUUAUGGGCCGAAGAAAGUAAUGCUUAUUAUAUAUUUGAUUAUUAUGUUAUGACAGUGGCACAAACAGUUGUUCCAUUUGUUUUGCUUCUUGUUUUGAAUAUGGUUAUUGUGAAGAGAAUGUUUUCGGAUAGUUUGCAAAAAGAAGCGAUUGUUACUGAAGUUAGCUAUAAAGAAGAUCGAUUAUUGACAGCUAGACCAGUUCACAAAUCUUCCACUAGUAAGUUUCUAUUAUGCCUUGUUGAUUGUAAUUUCAAAUCAACUUAUUUUAUUUUGCAGUUUCGGCAAUGGGUUUAUCAUUCCCACCUCUGAAAAGUAUGUCACCAGCAGUUCGAAGUGCAGUUUUCACGAUGGGCGCAAUUGUUGCAUCGUAUCUCAUUUCAAAUUCUCUUCAUUUGAUAUUAACUUGGUUGGAACGUAGAAAGAGUACUCUUCUAAUGGGAGAAGACGAGAAUGGCCCAACAAAUAUUUCAUCCAAUUUUCACACAUAUUUUUCUGAUCUUGUUUCUUUCACAUAUAUGUUCACAUCUGCUAUUAGGAUUCUGAUUUACUAUUUUUGUAAUCCGAAAAUUCGAAAUGAUUUGCUUGAUUUCUUGGCUGACAGAAAAGGUGCCGUUUAUCUUUGA